GAAUGACGAUCGGUAGCGGCGAUGAUGAAGCAUGAAAGUUACCGUUGAUUUAUCCGGACAUCCUGCAGGGCCAUUUGUUUCCAGGAUGACCGCACCGCUGCAGAUUUUGACUCUGAUCAGCUUAUAUGUCGUGCAAAAUGCGGCUUGGCCGCAGGACCCCAUUCCGAGACUGCUCGUCAAACAUCGUGAGGUGAUUGGCCAGCGGUUUCUGGGCAACGAAAGCCACGUGGAGCACUUCAAGCUCUUGGAACGUGCGGCAACCUCUAUCCUGAUUGGUGCCAGGAACGCCAUUUACAACAUAAGUCUGCACGACCUAACGGAGAUCGCCGACCAGAAACUGCAAUGGUCCAGCACCGAGGCCCAUCGUCAGCUUUGCUACUUGAAGGGGCGCAACGACGACGAGUGCCAGAAUUACGUGCGAGUGUUCGGCAGGCAAGGUCCUGAUCGCUUCCUCGUUUGCGGCACGAAUGCCUACAAACCACUCUGCAGACAGUUCACGAUCAAGGAUGGACAAUAUGUGAAGAAAAGCGACAUGGACGGUUUGGGACUCUGCCCUUACGAUCCAAGACACAAUAGCACAGCGGUUUUCGCCGAGGGACAGUUGUAUGCCGCGACGGUGGCUGACUUCUCCGGUGGCGAACCGCUGAUUCACAGAGAGAAAAUUCGCACCGAACGCUCGGAUCUGAAUCAGUUGAAUGGUCCCAAUUUCGUCAGCUCGUUCGCGUAUCAGGAUUAUGUAUUCUUCUUCUAUCGGGAAACAGCGGUGGAAUAUAUGAAUUGUGGAAAGGCAGUCUACUCGCGAGUUGGUAGAGUCUGUCAGCACGACAAGGGCGGGCCACACGCGUUCAGCGACAGAUGGACGAGUUUCCUGAAAGCGAGACUCAACUGUUCGGUACCAGGAGAGUACCCCUUCUAUUUCAAUGAAAUACAAUCGACGAGCGAUGUCACGGAUGGUCGAUACGCGGGGAAAUCCACCCGUCUGGUGUACGGAGUCUUCACGACUCCGGUGAACUCCAUCGGAGGCUCAGCUGUCUGCGCGUUCUCCAUGGACAGCAUUCUCGAGGUCUUCCAGGGUGCUUUCAAGGAACAGGAGACUAUAAACAGCAACUGGCUGCGGGUGCUUCCAGAAAAAGUGCCUGAGCCCAGACCUGGCGCCUGCGUUAACGACUCCAGGACCCUUCCUGACAUCACUGUCAAUUUCGUUAAGGCUCAUCCUCUCAUGGAUGACGCAGUGCAAUCCCACUUUUCACUACCUGUGAUAACCAAAACCAGUUUUAAUUACAGAUUUACCAAAGUCGCCGUAGAUCCUCAAGUAAAGGCACUGGACGGUAAAGCUUACGACAUACUUUACAUCGGAACAGAUGACGGCCGUGUUUUGAAAGCGCUCAAUACACGCGCACCAGAAACACGUGACAAUGUCGGUCAAGUUAUUGUCAGCGACGUCCAAGUGUUGAAGCACGGCCAAGCGAUCAAAGACCUUUUGGUAGUUCAUCUAGCUGGUGAGGCGAGCAAACUGGUAGUGUUUGCGGAUUCUGAAAUUCGAGCGGUUCCCUUGCAUCAUUGCGACUCAUUCGUUGCGGCCACCUGCAAAUCCUGCGUCGCUUUACAAGAUCCUCAUUGCGCCUGGGACGCGACCGCGAAUCUCUGCGUAGCAGUGUUGACGAAACUUCAUGACAGUGACGCCGAUAAGACACUGUUCCAAGAUAUAGCGACUGGGAGACACAGAAGCUGCGGACCCGACAUAGAACCGCAUCCAGCACCAGCGGUGCCCGAAAUUAGGCACGACGAACGGGAGCCCAAUGAACAAGAUAAUGAAAUUGUCAUCGAGUUGGAUCGGGAAAAUCAGUACGGCCGUACGCAGCCUAGGGCUAACGAGCCUCAAGGCGUGACCGUGACACCAGUGGUGUACUCGGCCCAAACUUUGACGGGCGCGUUGAUAGGCACGUGCUUCUGCUCUCUUGUGGCCGGUUUCGCUUUGGGUUUUUGGUUUUCCCAGAGGUUGCGUGGCGCCUCAUAUCCCGAGCCGUCCGAACAGCGGCAGCAGCUCAAUCGACUGACGGAGAGCUCCGAAUCCCCGGGAUUCAACAAUAAGUCCAUCAAUCUGGUGCUGAACGUGCCGCCCAAGAACCCAAACGGCAAGAACGCCAACUCGUCUGCGGAGAACAAGCCGGUGCAGAAAGUUAAGAAAACGUACAUAUGAUACAGAAGGCGACACAGAGCCGUCUGAGGCUUGCCGCAGGACCCGACGGGUUCUGGCGUAUCUUCCACCUCCUCUUCCUCCGACCUCGCGGAAUCGGACGAGCGUAACGACGAGGACGGCGA